GGUCCUGCGACAGCUCAUUAUAUACAACUAGCCAGCCAGCAAAAUAGGAAAGUUUUUAGCCUGGUCCCCGGCCAUCUAAGUUAAACUUAGGGGGUAUUCUGCAGAGUUAUUGCUCCUACAGCGCCUGGUCGAAGCAGAAGAAGGCAGGCUCGAGCUUAUGCGGCAGACUUCGCGUGCCGAAAGUCUACAACUUCAUCACUCCCGACGGCGAAGACGGUGGAAGAAGAAUCUGGCCAACUUCUCUCGGAUCUCACCACGCGAGAUGACAAACAUUCUUGAGACAGAACUAAUCCAUUCGCUUCCAAAGCUUGUUCAUCAAGCUAUCAUAACGGUCUACUGUCCCCAGAAGUACGACAAGAUGGCGGUCUUGAAAGAUCCAGAGAAUCUGAAUGUCUGGCUAGGAUCUACCUUGGUGUCCGCCGUCCGCGCAGAUCUCAGACAGGGAAGUUCCGCCUUCGAAGCUUUGAACUUGACCUCCAGACUCUCGAUAAUUGUCGAGCUGGGGGGAUCACCUACCAAAAUAACGGAUCUCGUUCCCCUAAUUACCAACUGUUUAAUAGUCUCUAUUGGCCCCUCUUGGAACUGUUGGAUAUUCAGGCUGUUAUGUGCCCCUCGCUUAUAUCAUGUAUAUAGUAACGUCUGGUAGCUUGAUCAAUGCACAGGCUUAACACACUGAUCAAGAGGAUUGCUCCUGACACAGGCUCUCAGACACCUAUAUCCCAUUUUCGGCGGAUAUCACGCCUUUACCUGUAAAUAGAACUCCCCUUUUUGAGUUAAGAAUUCAAUCCUGUUCUAAUCCACUUGAAUUCGCUCUGUUAUUAC